AUGUUCAUUUUGAGUGUGCUAGAGGGGAUGGUCUUAUUGUUUUAUGUAGGAUAUUUGGUUAGAGAAUACUCAUAAUAAUAAGUACCAUUCUAUGUGAAAUUGUUAACAUACAUUUCAUGGAUCCUUUCAUUUGGAAUUGUAUUUAUCAUACCUCAUGACAUCUAUUACACAAUUAAUGAUUAUGGGGAUGGCUAUGAAUAUACUGUAAUAUUAUGGAAAUGGAUAUAUUGGGGGAACUUCAUAUUAUGCUGGUGAUAUUUAUUCAUUUAUUCGUUUUAGGCUAAUAUUACCAAUUUGUUAGGAAUAUGAAGAUGCAGGAGAAUUCAGUUGUAAAGACAAAUUGAUAAGAUCUUUUAAGAACAAUUUAAUUAUUUAUGCUUAUUUUUUAUUGUUUGGUUUAAUCUUUAUUGCCUACCUAGCUAUAUUUAACAAAUUGGACUUUAAUUCAAUUUUAAAAGUGUUAGUAGCUUUGGCUUAUGCAUUGUAUUUAUAAAUUAUAAUCAAAGUGGCAUCUUGUUAGUAGUUAUAUUGUUAGGACAUGGUUUAGUUGCAAUCCCAAGAGAAUACUGGAGGAAAGCACAAUAUGAAAAAUGCUUAAAAGCACUUUAUUUAGAGGCUGCCCAAAUCAAUCAUACUAUUUAAGAACUUUACAUCUAAUUAUUCAAUAUGACUAUUGAAUUGAUAUAAAAUAAAUAAAGCAAUCAAAAUUAAUAAUGUAUAGAUUAUAUAUUGAAUGAAGUAAAAUAAAUAUAGAUAUAAAUUUUUAGAUCCCUUAUGAAAUAAUUGAGGAUGCUUCUCAUAAGAUAUUGGAUACUAUUGAAGUUAAAUAACUAUCAUCUUUUUGUGAAAUUAAUAAGAAAGUUAAAAAGAAAGCUGCAGAAUAUAAGAGAGCUUAAACUAAAUGGGAUCAUAUUUGCACUGAAUGCUUUCUCUUAGAAGACAUGAUUGAUAAUGAAUUUAGUGUGCAUUACAAAAUUAGAUCAACUCUACGUUAUCCAAAGACUGGUUAAUUUGGUCAUUAUAUUGAUAUAGUAGAAUGGCUAUGGUACACUAAGAUAAAGAAGGCUUAUUUAUUAUCAUUGUGUGUGAUUUUCUCAAUAUUAUCAAGCAUUGUAAUAUUAUCAGAGAUAUCAUGCUUUACAGAAUUUGACUUUAAUAUUCUUAGUAGAAUAAUUAAUGUGAAUGGAUUCAUGCAUACAUAGAUAUCAAUUUUGAUUCCUUUAAUGUAUAUAUCUUUUUGUGCUUUUUAUGGACUAUUUCACAUUAAUUUUGCUGGAAUGUAUGGGUUUUAUAAUCACUAAUAAACUGAUGCACCUAGUUUGAUGUUUGGUUCAAUGUAAAUAUAAUAUUGUUAAUAUUAUUAGUAAUUUUUCAAGAGUAUCAUUUCCUUUAACCUUCAAUUUUUUACAAAUGAUACAUAUUUAAGGCACUCCUUUUGAAGAUGUAGUUGGCAAUAUGGAUACUAGUUCUGUAUUAGGGAUGUCUUUUUCAUAUUCAUUACCUGUAUUGUUGAUAAUGGCAUCAAUUUUCAAUUUCUUUGAAGUUUAUGAUAAAAUUCUUUAAGUUGUUGGAUUACCUUAAUUCAAAUUUUCGUAAACUUAAUUCAAUAGUGAAGAGGGAGAGCGAUUAAUUUGCAAAGCAAGGGUGAAGAGAGAGAGAGAUAUAUUGAAUAAGGUUAAUAUAAAGUUUUUGGAUUAAUGUGAAAUGCGGGAAUUGGAUAGCAGAAUGAUUUAAUUUGUAUGAUAA